AUGGGUACCACAACUUCGAAGACAACGGUCACCACAACCUCUACUACGUCAACCACUUCGACCACCCCGAUUGUGGUUCCUACAACCUCAUCUACUAGUACCACGCCUAUAACUUCUUCUACUACUAGCUCUGUUGAAUCUGUUGUACCAACAUCAUCUUCCGUUACUUACACCACUCUGUCAUCAGAUAUUUUAUCGUCAGCACUAUUAUCCUAUCUGAGUUCUUCCUCUAUAUCUGAGACAGUAACUUCAUCUGGUUCCCUUCUUGUUCAAUCAUCUAGUAUCAUUUCUUCAACUUCUGAAGAACCAGAGAGUUCUAUAAUCAGUUCGAGUUUUGUUCCAUCUUCCAGUAUUCCUUCCAGUCUGACUACCUCAGAAUAUGUAUCCUCACUAAACACCGCAUCCAGCUCUGAAUUAUCUGAGGUGUAUAGCAGUUCCGUUCAGUCCUCAUCUGCAUACGUUGUAUCAUCUUCUACGGUUGAGUCAUCUUCCGUCGUAUCAUCAAGUACAGUUCAAACAUCUAGUUCUGUAUCAUCCAGCAUGGAGGUAUCAUUUACCGAACUAUCGUCUUCUACUGUUGAACCUUCUUCAAGUUUUGUAUCUUCUUCUAGUGUCAUUCCAUCAUCUAGUGCCAUUUCAUCAUCUAGUGCCAUUCCAUCAUCUAGUGUCAUUCUAUCUUCUAGUGUUAUACCAUCUUCGAGUAUCGUGCCAUCUUCAAGUAUUGUGCCAUCUUCAAGUAUUGUACCAUCUUCAAGUAUUGAAACAUCUUCAAGUAUUGAAACAUCUUCAAGUAUUGUGCCAUUUUCAAGUAUUGUACCAUCUUCGAGUAUUGAAACAUCUUCGAGUAUUGUACCAUCUUCAAGUAUUGUACCAUCUUCAAGUAUUGAAACAUCUUCGAGUAUUGUACCAUCUUCGAGUAUUAAAACAUCUUCGAGUAUUGUACCAUCUUCAACUACUGUACCAUCUUCGAGUAUUGAAACAUCUUCAAGUAGUAUUUUUAUUUCAAGUUCUUCUAUAUCAUCUGUUGGUUCCUCAUCCGAAAAAGUUGCAACGUCGUCCAAUUCGAUAAUAAGUUCAACAACUCCUGUAUCUUCUAUUGCUGUUAGAAUGACAACUGAAACUGAUAUCAGUACUUUAUUGUCUACUAUCACAGAAAGUGCUACUACAACCGAAAGAACUACCAUCACUGAUUUCUCUACUAUCACCGAUACUGCAACAGUCACUGAUACAGCAACAAUUACAGCCGUCUCCACCGUUACCAGUACCGACACUAUUACAGACGUGUCCACAGUAGUUGAUACAGAAUAUAUCACAGAUACUACAACUGAUUUUGUGACUUUGACUAAUACAGCUACGGUUACUGCUUUGUCUACAAUUACUGAUAUUACUACUGCUACCGUCACGAACACAGCUACUUUAACCAAUACUGAGACUGUGACAGAUUCUACUACUGAAUAUGAAGUAACUACCGAAACUGAAUUAUCUACCGCUACUGCUACUCUUACAAAUGUUGAACUAUCAACUGUUACUGAAACUGCAACUGCAACUGCAACUGCAACUGUUACAAAUGAAGAAACAUCGACUGUAAUUCAAACAGACACUCAAAUCGUUACUGAAACAGACACUGUCACUAAUACCGUUUCUGAGGUUUCAACUCAAGUAGUUACUGAAACUGAGACUGAAACUAAAACGGAUGUUAUUACAAGUGUCGUAUCUGACAUUUCCAUCCAGACUGUUACUGAGGUUGACACCAUUACUGAGACUGUUACAAACGUUGCUGCUGUCGACGCUGAGUCGAAAUCUCAUGCGACCUCUUCGCUUAGCAAUCCUUCACUCAUGAGUUCAUCACUUAGCAGUUCAUCAAUGAUCACUUCUUCUCUUAGCAAUUCUGAAUUGAAACCACAACUUCCAAAUGGUACAUCUAUAAGCUCGGUUUACAGCAGCGCUUCAAGUUCCAGUAAUUCAGCUACUUCUGUAGCCGUUUCCUCAAUAGAUUUACAUCCGGUGAGUGCUAUGAUUUCAUCAUCUUCAGAUUCCGAUAAUUCAAGUGAAUUAAUUUCUUCAGGUAUCCUUUCAACACUUUCUUCUGCCCCGAUCACUGUUACGUCCAGUACUUCUAGAUACAAUGCAUCCUCUGCUUCUGGAUUGGAUACUGUUAGCACAAAUACAAAGGCCUCUUCAGUUACAACAAUCAUUGCUUCUAUAACUGACUACAGUAACAUCACAACUAGUAUAGAUAGUAGUAGCACCCAAUCGACUACUUCAUCUGAUGGCAUUCAGUCUACUACCGGUUCAACCUCCAAGGUGACAGUUGAAUCCCUUUCUGGUAACGGAUAUAAUUCAACACUAUCCAGUCAAGCUACAACUAUGGCACCAGCUCAAAGCACCACCACUACCACAUUGAAAGAAAUUGAUUCUGAGUACACAACAACCUGUCCAGAAUCCGAAACAAGCACGGUAACUAAAAAUACAGCACAAGCAUCCCAAACUGAUGUUUUAGUUAAAACCGUAACUGUUGAUUCGUUAACAACCGUGAUAACAACGACAUGUAAUGGAGGCUGCGAUGUUGAAGAUAAUCAUACAUCUGAAACAACGACUUCAAACUCAUCGACUAUGACAUUUGACGAACAGGUCGUGUCAAAUGUAAACAUUGUUAGCCCUUCGCUAAUUGUAACAUCUAAUAUUGUGAAGAACACAUCUUCUAUUAAUGCUAUAACCUCGACCGAUAAGAAAGAAAACAUAAGUGCAGUAUCAACUGCCAAUAUUGUUGAGACCUCUCAAAAUACCCUUGCUGCUAGCGCAGAUACCACUGUGAAGUCUACGAUUGUUCAAUCAGAAACUCUUGCUUGGAGUGGAGUUUCAGCAUCUAGUACAGUUACAUAUUACUCAGAUAACGCAGCUGUUAAGAGAGAUGGCUUUGGGGUCAACUAUUAUGGCUCAAGUUUGUUCGUCCUUGUAUUACUAUCAUUAUUAUAG